AUGGAACAAGAGAUUCAAGACUUUUCAGCGGAUCAAACGGAUGCCAAGAGAGUAUUUCAUGGAAGAGGUGGCUGUUAUCCUGGUUGUGAGCACCUUACUCUAGAUUGGUUCCCUCCAGUAUGGCUCUUGACCAGCCACAACAUUCAAUUGUCCAACGAUACCAUUUUCUCCGUCCAUGACAUGCUGCCGGAUAAGACAAAUAUUCCAAAGCCUACCAAUAUGUCCAUCCACAAUGACAAAAUGAACAAGAAUGUUAUAAAUCUGGUAUAUCAGUUUCGCAAUGACACUGGGGCUGAAACAAGAAUCAUUUCGGGAGGGGUACCCAAACCACAUGUUGUGACGGAAAAUGGAAUGAAAUUCCUGGUCGGAAUAGCAUCUGGCAAGAAUAAUGGUAUCUUUUUGGACAUGGCCAAUGGAAGAAAGUGGGUCCAAGAAAAUACCAAAGAUCAGAAUGUACUGAACAUGUUUGCUUAUACCUGUGGCUUUUCCGUGGCGGCACUUGGCGGAGGAGGAGCCGCACAGGUCGUCAACAUUGACAUGGCAGGUGGGCCCAUGAAGAACGGAAAACGAAACCACGAUCUCAAUAAUCUACAGGGGGCACGAUUCUUGACGCACAAUAUUUUCAAGACUUGGGGAAAGUUACGGAAACUUGGUCCCUACGAUACCAUCAUUGUUGACCCUCCUAGUUUUCAGAGGAAUAGUUUUGUUGCCUCUAAGGACUAUUGCAAAAUUCUUCGCCGACUCCCUGACUUUUUGAAAGACAAUGGUAAAGUACUACUCUGCCUCAAUGCUCCAUCGCUUGACUCGACUUGGUUGAAGAAUCAAGUAGAAGGGGAGGCUCCAAGUCUAGAGUUCUUGGAACGCCUACCGAAUCCCGAUUCCUUUCCCGAUGCCGAUCCCGAGAGAUCCUUAAAGGUGCUUUUGUUCCAAAAGAAAUCUUCUACUGAGUGUCAGUAG